AUGGCGACGAGCGACGCGGCAAGCGACAAGGAACCCUUUCCGCUCCUCAACACCUCCCUCGAUCCCUUCGCCAUGGAGGAGGACUCGCCGCCGCGCCGCCGCCGCAAGAGCUCUGGCCUGGGCGGCGAGAUCCGCGCCGGCGACACGGGCGCUCCUGCCUUUGCCUCGAGCCGGGCGAGCCUCAGCGCCGGCGAUUCCUUUAGCAACCAUACCGACCCCUCCUCUCCCGUCACGGCCGUAUCGUCGUCGUCGUCCCCGGCCGGCAAGCGCAUCUCCAAGCGCCGCCGCGCGCGGGGCCUGCUCUCGCGCUUCCGGCAGCUCAUGGUGCGCCGCACCUUUGUGCUGCCGGCCGUGCUGCUCGUGCUCUUCCUCGCUGGCUACGCCGUCAACCCGACCGAGUCCAACGUGCUGCACCACUUCAUCUUCCUGUCCUACCCGCUGCCGCAAGACGACCCGAGCAAGCCGGUCAUGUACGGCAAGGGCAAGUGGGACAUUGCGUUCGUCGCGUUCUACAUCAUUGUGCUCUCGUUCACGCGCGAGUUCAUCAUGCAGGAGCUGCUGCGGCCGUGGGCGCGCCGCACGGGGCUGAGCCGCGCCAAGCAGGCGCGCUUCAUGGAGCAGGCGUACACGGCCGUCUACUUUGCGUUCCUCGGCCCUGCGGGCCUGUACGUCAUGAGCCGCACGCCGGUCUGGUACUACAACACGACGGGCAUGUACGAGGCCUUCCCGCACCGCGCGCACGAGGCCGUCGUCAAGUUCUACUACCUCUUCCAGGCCGCGUACUGGGCGCAGCAGGCCAUCGUGCUCGUCCUCGGGCUCGAGAAGCCACGCAAGGACUACUACGAGCUCGUCGGCCACCACGUCGUCAGCCUCGCGCUCAUCGGCCUCAGCUACCGCUUCCACUUCACCUACAUCGGCAUCGCCGUCUACACCUCCCACGACAUCUCCGACUUCUUCCUCGCCACCUCCAAGGUCCUCAACUAUCUCGACCACUUCCUCAUCGGGCCGUACUUCUUCGUCUUCGUUUGCGUCUGGGUCUACCUCCGCCAUUACAUCAACCUCAAGAUCAUCGUCUCCAUGUUCACCGAGUUCCGCACCGUCGGCCCGUUCGAGCUCAACUGGGAGACGGAGCAGUACAAGUGCUGGAUCUCCCAGUACAUCACCACCGCGCUGCUCACCUCCCUCCAGGCGCUCAACCUCUUCUGGCUCUUCUACAUCCUGCGCAUCGCGUACCGCUUCGUCCGUGACAGUAGCGCUACCGACGACCGCUCCGACGACGAGGAGGACGAGACGACGACGACCAAGCAGUCCGUGCCGAUCCUCAAGAUUAACGGCGAGAAGCCCAACGGCAAGUCUGAAUAA